AUGGCCCCCACCGCCAGCGAAGCCACCUCGUCGUCGGCGACGACCAGUGCCACCUCGUCCACGGACGCCGACGCCCCGGCCUCCCCCUCGCCGUCGCCGUCUCGGCGCGCGGCGCCCACCCUGCUCCUCGUCGCCUUCCUCGCCGCGUUCCUCAUCCUCUCCUCCGGCGACGAUGCCACGGCGCAGCCGCUCAACGGUGUUAGCUUGGAAAGUCCAGAGGUUUCAUUUGUUCCCUCCCCCUUGGAUGGACAAUUUUGUGAGCGAGUCCUCCUAUCUGGAGUGCCAAGGUUGCAUCUUGAUAGCUAUGCAAGCCAAAUUCGUGUCAAAAUGAAUGUCUCUCAAUCGAUUCCUGAGAAAUUCCAUUGGAAAAUAGAGGUUUGCUUUCAUAGGAAUGCCUCCAUGGAUUUAUGCCAGUGUGAGAUGGGUGAAUGGCAAGGUUUUCAAGAUGGGAUGUGGACUGCUGUAAAUUCUCCAUAUGGAAACAAAUAUGUUGAUGUGAAAUUGGCUGAUAAGAAACCUGCUAGGUUCACUCUUUCCAUUCAGGAAGAGUUUCAGAAAUGGCGUUUGGCUUGCCUUGGUAUUGGAUUUGUAUUGCUAUUCCUCUCACCAAUUGUUAGCAAAUGGGCUCCCUUUUACUAUAGCAGCUCUAUGGCUCUUGGGAUCCUGCUUGUUGUUCUUAUUGUGCUUUUUCAGGGAAUGAAAUUGCUACCAAUGGGCAGGAAAAGUUUGUUUUACCUUGCAAUUUAUGGAUCUGUGUUAGGUGUUGGUUCCUAUGUUGUACACUACUUCUCAACAUUGGUCUCUUCUAUUCUUGAAAACUUCGGCUUGAGUGAAGAGUUGUACAACCCCGUUUCUGUCUUCCUGCUGGUGGCAAUUGUCUUCACUGGAGCUGGUUUUGGCUAUUGGAUGGUCAGGAGAUUUAUCCUUUCAAAAGAUGGAAGUGUAGAUGCUGGGAUAGCGCAAUUUGUGAAGUGGGCUAUGCGUGUUGUUGCUACAUUAUUCAUUAUGCAGAGCACACUUGAUCCUCUUCUAGCACUGGUUGCUCUUGCUUUUAGCUGGUGGUUAUGCUCUUUGUUGACUGCAAAGAAAGUUCAGAAGACAGUGACCCAGAAACAAAAGCAGUCAAAGGUUCUUUCUCAGCAAAUGCUUACUCAAGGAUCGCCCAAGAGUCCUAAAAUCCAGUUCUUAAGUCCAUCUAAGACAGGCUUUGGAAGAACCACAUCUAGAAGUUCGGCCACACAGUUCGGUCGGAGCAAUUUGGCCAAUGGAGGUCUGAUCUGCUCAGCACUUACAAACCGCGUAGUACCCAACGAAGACGACGAAGAUCACUACUCCACCUUCCACAACAUCCAGCCACGGAAAUAUUCCAAGGAGGAAUGGGAGGACUUCACCCAGAAAUCGACUAGGAAGGCGCUUGCGGAGUGCACAGCAACCCCAGAGUUUGCCCAGUGGGUCGUUGACAAUGCUCAUCGUCUGCAAGUAGAAAAAGAGGAAGACAACUUCUCAGAGGAAGAUACCAUCGAGAGCUCCAACUCCUCGGAAGAAACUGGGGACGAAGCCGAUGGAGCUCCAGGUCUGAUCAGGCUGUGGGGCUAG